AACUUAUAUCUCUGUUCGCUUUUUCUCCUGUUUGGCGCAUCCUCCCUCCGUCGAGCCCAGCCCGCUGUAUUUAUUUACCUCCCUGUGGUGCGGAGACUGGGGAAUCACCUGCCGGAGAGGAGAGCCGACACACCUCGGGAUGGAUGCCCUGAAAUCCGCCGGCAGAGCGAUUAUCAAGAGCCCCGGAGUUCCGCGGCACACAUGGGGAACUUCAAAGCACGAAAAGCUGCCAGAGAACUGGACGGACACCAAGGAGACUCUGCUGGAGGGGAUGGUGUUCAAUGUGAAGUACCUGGGUAUGACUCUGGUGGGCCAGCCCAAAGGAGAGGACAUGGCCUCGGCUGCCAUUCGCAGAAUCGUUGCCACGGCCAGAGCCAGCGCUAAGAAGUUUCGGAAAGUUACACUGACGGUCUCACCUAAAGGCAUCAUCAUGACGGACACGGAGACUACAGACCUCAUAGAAAAUGUCUCCAUAUACAGAAUCUCGUACUGCACAGCAGAUAAAACUCAGGAUAAGGUCUUCGCAUACGUCUCCCAGAGUCAGUUCAAUGAGACCCUGGAGUGCCAUGCAUUUCUCUGCCAAAAAAAGAAGAUUGCUCAGGCUGUGACAUUAACGGUUGCCCAGGCCUUUAAAGUAGCCCUUGAUCUGUGGGAGAUUGCUCAGGAAGACAAAAGCAAGAAGGCCAGGACCUGCUGUUCAUGUGCAGCAAGCAAAGGACAGACGGAGACAUCAGUCAGUCAGUGUGUUCCAGCAGAUCCCGAGGCACACAAGCCUGUUGGGAUGGAGGAGAAGCUCCGGAGGCCCUUCUUCUCUGCUUCACUCAGCUCGCCCUCGCCUCGUAGCAACCCUCUUCGAAGGCGACCAAUCAAACACGACUCCUGGGACGUGGAGGAUGGACUGGAUGAUCCGUUCUCAAGACUGGCCGAGUCCCGCUCCGAACCCGUCUCUGACAAUGCAGCUCUGAGUCUCCGGGAGGUCUCUGACGAGAAUCUGUUGUUUAUCUGCAACAAUGAGUCUGAAUAACACACACCGGCAAUAGCUGCCCAACUUGCGGAGCCACAGAAAUUAGACGGAAAUCAUCCCCCUCAGGCCCCAGGACCAACAACAAACGGCAUACAUCACUUGAAAAGACAGCGAAACAGAUCACACUUCCCAGUGCACAACCUGAAUCAGAAAAGGUUUGUUUGAUUUUUUUUUUCGUGGCUGCUGCAGAGAAACCAGAAUGGAUACCCUGAUAUUAUAAACUGCUAUUUCCGACUGACAGUCAACAAAGCUCCCUCAGUGUAAACAGCCAUCUUCAACCGUUUCCUGCCACAUUCAAACUCUCACAAACUGCCAGAUGAAAGUCGGAGCACACGUUGUGCAACACAGCACUGCAAGACAUUUCUACAAAGGAUUCAUAUGAUAUUCUGUUGAAGAUUUUUGGAGCAUCCAGAAGUCCAGAUAUGUGUGUACAUAGAAGGCUGUUGUCUCUGUCUAACAAUGUGAAAUCUCUCUGAUCUUCUCGUCUGCUCAUCGGAGAAACAGCUGCCGGUCUCAGCAGUCACUGGAGGCGGUCCAGUGUUGGAGUUCACCAGCCAAGCUGCUACAAAUCUUCAGUCGUGAUAUUUGAUGAAUUAUGCAUUCAUCACUCAGCUUGUUGGUUUCAUUCAAGCAGUUUUUUUUAAAGAAUUAAGCAGCA